UUAGAUUUAAUUAAACGUGUAUUUGUAUAUGUGUGUAACGUUAGAUUAAACUUAAAAAACUCUAUUUACGUAAACGUUACUAUGUUUAUUUAGGUUAGUGACUGCACAGCAUUAUGUUUGAUCGUUUUAUUGCAAAUGGGUUAGUUGUCUUUUGAAGUGCGUGUACUGUGACCAUACGUCUCUUUUGUAUUGUAACGAUCGUUACUAAAUACACCUCAAGUGUCCACGGGAGGUCAAUAAAACGUCAAUGUUUUUAAUUUAAAUGUGUAAGAUUGAGAACAGUAUAUUUACCUCAAUUUACAACCGAUCACGCACCGGCGCCGUGGCUUAGAUGGUUAAAGCGCCUGUCUAGUAAACAGGAGAUCCUGGGUUCGAAUCCCAGCGGUGCCUUUUCUACAUCUAGUUAUAUUCUUAUGUUUGUGUUUGAGUUAAUGAUACAUUUAAAAUCACACAUCACAUGUGUAUAAUUAAACAAUCACUAUCUCAAAUGGACUAGUCUUGUGCAAAUCAAAUAUAUUCAAAACAACGAUACAAUUGUAUGCAUUGUGGAUAUCACCGAAAAGGUCGCAAACUUAAGCACGUUAUUAAAUCAGUGAACGUCAUGCUUUUCAACUAUGUUUCCCUCCGUCCAUGAGAGGGCAUACUUUCACUGCUGCGUUUACUGGAAGGUCUCAAAUAGAAUGGGAAACCGUGAAAACGAACCAGAGCUAAUUUGAGGAAAAAUAAACAAUGGAUGUUUACACGGUUAAAGUAGAAUUUAAAAAUAACACCAGUGCUCUCAGUAUUCUCUCUUUUGUAUAUGACAACUAGAAGUUGAUAUAAUACAAUACAGUUAACUAAUUAGGUGUUUAGAUCAGAUGUUUAAUUUACUCUGCGUAUUUCGAGUAUCUGACAGCGUUUAAUAGCACGCGCGUGUGUGGUGCCCUCUCUGUGGUUUAUUCACGCGUUCUUGAGGACAUUACACCGAUACAUUAAAUAAUAAAUCGCGUAAGAAUGAUGAAAUACACAGCGUGGAAUACAACGGGAAGGCAAAUUAUUCAAGAUACGGCGAAAUAAACAAUAACUAAUACAUGUCGGAGAUCCGUUAUGUGCGCCAAGAAAACCACGCAAUUCCUUGAUGAAAAUUUGCGUCCCUGCCAUUACUUUGUCAACACAGAACCUCCAAUCCCGUUUCUCUCCUGAAGGUCUCUGCGUUACCCUCCAGUCCAGACAGUGCAAUGUGCCUUUCGAAAAUAAGGAGAGAUGCUGCUUUUCGAUGUUCAUACAAGAAGACCGCGAUAACCGUAAAACCGAUGAGAUACGUUGCGAAAUCAAUCUGGAUUUAAAUACUGAACGAGAUGAUGAUGGAGAGAACCGUGGCGAUGAGGCUUUACCUUGUGAAAUGGAUUUGUCUGCGCUGGGCUUGGGUUUGUUUGGCUGCUUGUGGUGGUAAGGUGGAGUUGCACACAGAGAGGAGAGGAGUGAUCUACAGCCCAUCAUGGCCCCUCAAUUACCCGCCCGGUGUGAAUUGCAGCUGGAACAUACAGGGGAACCGCGGCGAUAUAAUCACCAUCAGUUUUCACAGCUUUGAUGUGGAAGACACGAGGGACUGCAGGGGGGACUGGCUGCUGCUCGGCCCCACAUGGAAAGCUGAGUAUCGGUUGUGUGGCUCUGUUCUCCCUCCUCCAUUCAUCUCCUCCAGAGGACGAGUCUUGGUCUUCUUCCACUCUCAGACCAACAGUUCCGGACUCGCACAGGGCUUCAGAUUUUCGUACAUAAGAGGUCGGUUAGGUCAAAGUAGCUGCGAGAAGGAUGAGUAUUUAUGUGGAAACGGAAAGUGCGUGCCACGUUCCUGGCGCUGUAACGGUUUGGAUGAAUGUGGUGACAAUACAGAUGAAAGAAGCUGUGCCCCCAAGCCCACCCCGGCCCGGGCCAGUCUGUGUCCACCGGGCACCCUGGAGUGUUCUGACAUCCAGUCUACACGCUGUUUGCCAACGUCCUUGCGCUGUAAUGGAGCUCGAGACUGUCCAGACGGAUCCGAUGAGGCCCGCUGCCCUGACACUUCCUGCGGAAAGCGCUUAGUCAACUUUUACGGGAUGUUUGCAUCUCCUGAUUUUUUCCGGUCAAACAGGAGCGGGGUUACAGAUCUGCAUUGCACUUGGUUCCUGGACACACAAGACCCAAAGCCGUUGGUUCUUCAUGUGGACCUUCAGCUGGGUGUGGGAGAUUCUGUGCGUGUUUACGAUGGUUUGGGAGAACGUGCGGACCGUCUUCUGCAGAGUCUCUCUCAUCAUAAUAACCACAGAAGAUCUCUGCUGGAGUCUUCACAGGGGCAGAUGAGUGUGUUCUAUCACGCUAAACAUCACAGCACUGGACACGGCUUCAAUGCCACCUACCAGGUUAAGGGGUAUUGCUUUCCAGGCGAGCAUCCAUGUGGUACAGACGAGGGCUGUUAUUCUGACCUGAAGCGCUGUGAUGGCUUCUGGCACUGCCCUGGAGGGCGAGAUGAGGAAGACUGCCCUCUGUGCCAGACGGGCGAGUAUCCCUGCGAGGGUGGCAGCGGGGUAUGUUACCCUGCCUCUGAGAGAUGUAACAACCAGAAGAAGUGCCCAGAUGGCUCGGAUGAAAAAAACUGCUUCGAUUGUCAACCCGGAAACUUCCAUUGCGGAACCAACCUGUGCAUCUUUGAGACAUGGCGGUGCGACGGGCAGGAGGACUGUCUGGAUGGCAGUGAUGAAAGAGACUGUCUGGCCUCUGUGCCCAGGAAGGUGAUCACAGCAGCUCUGAUUGGCAGUCUGGUCUGUGGACUCCUGCUGGUCAUUGCACUGGGUUGUGCCUUUAAACUGUACUCGCUCAGGACCAGAGAGUAUAGAGCUUUUGAAACCCAGAUGACCCAACUAGAGGCGGAGUUUGUUCAAAGAGAGGCUCCACCCUCUUACGGUCAGCUGAUUGCUCAAGGUCUCAUACCUCCAGUCGAUGACUUCCCAGUGUUUAAUCCCACACAGGCAUCUGUUCUACAGAAUCUCCGUUCAGCUAUGCGAAGACAAAUCCGUCGGCACUCCUCACGUCGAUCCUCAUCACGACGCCGUCUUGGUCGUCUUUGGAACCGUUUGUUUCAUCGUGGUUCCCGGUUACGUGGUCAGAUCCCUCUGCUCACACCUCCUGGCCAUACACACACGAACACACACACAGUCCUGGGGCUCCAUAGCUACAACACGGUGGAUGCUAACACAGAGGAGUCGUGGGAAGGUGCGGGACAGACCCCGUCUCCCUGUUCCACUGCUGCGCUUGGGUUAGCACUGCAGGCUCACUCUGAGGCCUUCUGCCUACCUGAGAGAGAAUCUCCACCCUCUCCCUUCUCUUCGCCCUCCCCUGCCUCACCACGCUCCACCUCGGACACCCUGGAUGACGAAGAUGAAGAAGAUGAUAGAAGUUCAGAGUUGUCUGGGGCGAGAAUACGACCCAAAUCUAGCACUCAAUGCUCUUCCCCAAAAUGUCAAGAGGAAGACAGUUCACCAGGACCUCUCGACAGCCCCAAAUACACCACAAACAGAUCCCGGACCUCCAGGAGGUUAGUGCAGGAACUGGCUGCAGAGCUCAGAGGAGUCUCUCUCUUACGCUACACAUCUGUGGGUGUCUCACCUCUUUCUUCUCCCGAGUCACCGACAUCCUCCAGUGGUCAGUCUGAGGAGCAAAGAGGACUUCCUACACUCAGAGCGCAACAUACGGAAACAAACACAGACUCUCUCACAUAUGUGCUCUUAAGCCCCGGACAAACUCCUUUAGGGGAGAGCAAGAAAUCAUCAGGAACAGAAGAUACGCCGGAUGAGGGACUAUAGACUCACUAGAAACGAGGCAGAGAUUGAUGAUAUUUUCUGUCAGUGCACUGAGAAGCCUCUAUCAUACCUCCUUUCCCAAUUCUGUGCCAACACACUGAGCCUUAACGUUGCAAGGUUCAGUGAACAGCCUUCCAUCAUGAGUCAUUUAGUUUCACGCCUUCAGAUGCUGAAUGUUAGAUUUUUAUGGUCUGUCGACCAUAGGAGUAGAUCUCUGAUGAAACAGAUUCAUAGAUCAGCUACAGAAUUUAACAAAUAAAUUAUUUGAUCACAUGAUAGUAAAUCACCAAGACCGUUUUAAUGUUAAUAUAUAGUGACUGGUUGACUAGGACUGAGCGUUUCAUCGGACGUGCGCGCCUCGACUGCAGUUAACUUCCGGUCUGUGUUUGUUUAUCUAUUUAAUUUAAUUUAUGUUAAUUUAUAUUAUUUGAUUGUAUAAUAACUGUAUUAAAUAAAAGAUUUUUUGGCUGUAUGUACGUUUUAUGAAAUAAACAAUUUGUUGAAUGGGUCCUGUAGUUCUGGCACAUUUAAAGAAACCGUGUGCGAUAUUGACAUCUAGCGGUUGAGCUUGGUAUCGCAGUGUAAAUUUAAACCGCCGGAGAGCCAAGUUUAGCCAAGUAAUGUUUCUACUCGAUUUAUUUUGUUUGGUAUCAGAAGUGCGCUCUAUUAUUUAUGUGUACCAGAAGUUAAGGGCAGUCCACGAACGUUUGAUUCUCUAUAACACAGAACUGUUCUUGCCUGCAUCUCUGCGUCUUAUCAUCUUAAGAGUGUGAUAUUCAGAUGACUUAUAAGAGAUUCACUGAGUGAAAUUGAACUCAUGUCAUUUGUAUCGAACACUUUUCACAGCCAGUCUUCUCAGCAGUUGCUACACACUCACCCUGAAUGUUGGUCGUGCUGUACAUUAUAUGCAUAAUGCAGAUUCAUUCAUUCAUUCCAUUUCGUUGUGUUGAAAGAUUUUGGCAAGAAGUUUGAGUUGCAGAC